CCAGCGUUGCGUAUUAAAUCAAGACAAACACGUGGUUUCCAUCGCUUGAUCACUGCGAGCGUUCAGUCGCAUACCAACUUUGUCAUGUUUCGUGUUUACUGCUUCAUGCUGAUUGUAUCACUCAUUGUUUGUGGAAGCAGUUGCUCCAUAAUUAAACCUCCGCGUGCUUGUUUAAGUGACGAUUUACAAUUACACAAAAUUAGAUGUUGUGGCCCGUGCUUAUAUACGGUCACCUAUUACAAACGGAAAUAUUUGUCUAGAAGAAUUCCGUAUGCUUCAAAUGGUAGUUUUAAUCCUUACAUAAUAACAAACAAGGAAGCACAUUUGGUCAAUAGAAAUCUAGCAUUGUCAAAGGAUUCAAAUUCCCGUAAAUCUUCCCAAACCAAACCACAUUUACAAGAACGUUUUGGUAAAGAAAUAUCGCAGUCAUUGCCUCGUUCAUUCCUCCCCGUUGAGCAAAUGCAUUUCAGGAAUUACUGCCUUGAUUUUUCAGGAAAAUUCUCAUGUGCAAUUGAUUGUUUUAUGGAGUUAAGCUGUUACAUUUUUAAAGAUGCUAUUGAGUCUGUGGAACGUAAUGAAUUUUUUGAAAUGUUAUACACAGCAUGUGUGCAAGUAAAUAGUUGUGAAAUCCUUUCCAACCAGUUACAUUCAGUCCAAGAACCCAUUUUUUCCUGGAUGAGACAGCACUGUGCCUCUUUUACAGGUAUGUCAGAUAAUGCUGUAUUCANUUUGUGGAAACAGUUGCUCCAUAAUUAAACCUCCGCGUUCUUGUUUAAGUGACGAUUUACAAUUACACAAAAUUAGAUGUUGUGGCCCGUGCUUAUAUACGGUCACCUAUUACAAACGGAAAUAUUUGUCUAGAAGAAUUCCGUAUGCUUCAAAUGGUAGUUUUAAUCCUUACAUAAUAACAAACAAGGAAGCACAUUUGGUCAAUAGAAAUCUAGCAUUGUCAAAGGAUUCAAAUUCCCGUAAAUCUUCCCAAACCAAACCACAUUUACAAGAACGUUUUGGUAAAGAAAUAUCGCAGUCAUUGCCUCGUUCAUUCCUCCCCGUUGAGCAAAUGCAUUUCAGGAAUUACUGCCUUGAUUUUUCAGGAAAAUUCUCAUGUGCAAUUGAUUGUUUUAUGGAGUUAAGCUGUUACAUUUUUAAAGAUGCUAUUGAGUCUGUGGAACGUAAUGAAUUUUUUGAAAUGUUAUACACAGCAUGUGUGCAAGUAAAUAGUUGUGAAAUCCUUUCCAACCAGUUACAUUCAGUCCAAGAACCCAUUUUUUCCUGGAUGAGACAGCACUGUGCCUCUUUUACAGGUAUGUCAGAUAAUGCUGUAUUCAAUAACAUAUUCCAAAUCAAUACAUUUGGAGAAUUAACGUUUGGUUUAAAAUCAUUAUUUCUUAUUCAACAUACCGAUCAUUCCAUUUGUUCAGAGUAUAACCAGGAAAUCACCAAAUCCACAGAUGUUUUUGUCUUGUAUAUUACCUAUCGCCAUAUAAAUCAGAAUGGUUUUGAAAGUUCUGUAUCAGAAGCUAUGCUGCCAAACAUCAAUAGACUUUUUUGUGUUUACUGCCAAAAUCAUUCUGGAAGUGUUGCUUCACUUCGACACUUUGUGUGCCUGCCAAACUUUUUAAUGAUAGAACUGUCACCUGAUUGUAUAACUCAAAUGUUUUUUUCCACAUGAUAUGGAAACCUUAGGAGUUUCAUACUGCCUUAAAGGAAUUGUUAGGUGUUUAAAUAGACAUUUUACUGUUGCCUUAAAAAGUGAGAGAGGUUGGAUCUAUAUUGAUGAUUUGUGUGUUUCUGCAAGGCGUUUCUUAUCCUUUCAAGAAGUGUUGUAUAGUUAUCGGGAUGGCUGGUUUUUUGCCAUAUUUCAAAAGUCUGAGUCUGUAGACAUCAGUUUACAUGAAUCUGCAAAUCAGACCUGUAAUAGCUUCACCAUAAAUCCAGUUGUUUGCAAAUCAGUUUCAAAAGACUCUUGCAGUAGGAAAGAAGUGAAGUUAAACCAAAAAGUCACAAGUUAUAAAAAGGAUAACAGAGUCAAAUGUAAUAACUAUAUGAAGUGUUACAGAAAACAGCCAGAAGUCAAGGCAAAAAAAAAUGCAUACAUGCAGAAGUAUAGAGCUAAAACUUAUUCUCAACUUGACUUAAACGAAAGGGGCAAAUUAGAAAUACGUAAAAGAAAUGAAAACCAAAGAAAUGAUUUAGUAAUUACAUUUACAAUGAAGAGGAAAAGUCAAAGCAUUAAUUCCUCAAAUGAUACAUAUUAUGCAGAUGAAAACAUUAAACGACCUAAACAGGAAAUAAGAAAAAGGUCUUCACAAACAUCUAGUGAAGUGAAGAAAAGAAAAAAGUUGUACAUGCUGGCAUACAGGCUCAAGAAAAAAAAUUCAGAUAGUAGUGUAAUGACUGAAGGAGUAACAAGUCUGAAAAAUGGAGUUUCUAGCCAGGAAAUGUAUUUAUCUGAGUUUAAAAUAAGUAACUGUGGAGAGCUUCACCAACAAGAGUGGGCAAAACUGAACAUGCAAAAGUUUCUUGAUUCGAUGAAGUUAAGAAUUUCUUUAUGUCAAUGCUGUCAUGAAGCAUGGCCACUUCACAUUAAAACAAAAAAGAAAAAGGAACCAUGUAUUUGUACCAGGUGCUUAAGAGACAAGAAUGAUACAAAAAAGUUUUCAUUGAAAACAGCUAGCUACCAUCUGCUGUGCCAGUAGAACUUGAAAAUCUGACACAAAUAGAAGAAAUGCUCAUAGCCAGCGUGUUCCCCGUUAUGAGUGUUUAUACUAAGCCAGGAGGGCAGAGAGCAUAUAGAGGCCAUUGCAUCAAUUUUCCCCAAGAAGUUCAACAGCUUUUUUAUACUUUGCCUAGGCAUAGCAUGUGUUAUUGUGUUAACUAUAAUGAUGAUAAUAGGGUUAUUGUUGCUGUCACUGUAAGCGCAUUGAUGAUCAUGCAUCCUGAAUUUGUUUGCUUUUGUUUCGUUUACUAAACAACUAUGGGUACAUCCAAAAAAUAUCCCCCGUCAAAACCGCUGCAAGGUCCAGACAUGAUUGGUUUGACUUUCACCUGCAAGUUUCACCGACUAAAGAGCAAAGAGUAG